ACAGGCAUAAGUGCAUUAUAGGUAGCUGCAACGUAACUGAUAUUACUUCUAAAAGAUGUUGGAUUUUUUUUCAAUCUUUUCUAAAGGUGGAAUAGUAUUAUGGUGUUACACCUUUCAAGGUGUAAAAGCAAGCUUCACAGAACCAAUCAAUGCUUUAAUAAAGACCGUAUUGCUACAGGAAAGAGGUGGUACGUCCCACUUCACACAUGGUGCGCUACAAAUGCAAUACAAACUGGAUAAUGAGUUUGAAUUAAUAUUUGUGGUUGGUUACCAGAAAGUGUUGACUUUGUUGUACGUAGAUAAACUGAUUACUGACGUACACAGAGAUUUUCGUGAUAGAUAUCGUCAAAAACUUUUGGAUGGAUCUCUCUCAUGGAUUACUCUUAAUUUUAGCUAUGAUAAUCAAUUCAGUAUACUAAGAAGCAAUGCUGAGGUAAAGGAAUCAAAAAAAGUGACAACCAUGAGAACUUUUGACAAAUCAGAAAAAUCAAAGAAAACCAUCAAGUCGAUGACCAUUGAUAAGAAUAAGGAUGCAAAGGAUGCAGAAAUAAAAAAGAAAACAAACAGUCCAAAACCGGAAAAAGUUGUAAAAGCAAACGUUGAAGCACCAGCAGUUCAACCAAGUGUUCCACAGCCAAACAACACAUUAGAUCCUGAUGUAAUUGCUCGCAACAGAGAAGCAUUAGCUAAACGUGCAGCUGCAUCAAAAGCAAAGGGUAAAAAAGCUGCUCCAAAGAAAACUGGAAAAUCUGCACGAGUUUGGCAGAAUGGUGGAAAUGCUAAAGAUGCAGAAUCUCUUGAUAGAAGUGGGAAUACUAAUAAAGAUGCUCUAACUAAUGGUCACAGUCAUGAUGAUAAUGUAACAGCUGAACAGAAAAAUUGGGUAAACACAUCGAGCAAAAUCCAAGAUUUGGAAAUUGAUGAAGAAGAAAUAUUGGAGGACGAGGAAGAAUAUGAGGAUGAAGAUGUGGAGGAAGACGUGGAAGAACAAGCUAAUACAAAGAAAUCAUCAGGAGGGAUUUUCAGCAUGUUUCGUGGUCUCGUUGGUUCUAAAGCUCUAACCAAGGAAGCUUUGCAGCCGGUGCUUAAUUCUAUGAGAGAUCAUCUUAUUGGCAAAAAUGUGGCAGCUGAUAUUGCAGAGAAAAUGUGUGAUUCUGUUGCCAAUAAACUUGAGGGGAAAAUGGUUGGAACUUUCAGUACCAUUGCUUCCACUGUUAAACAAAGUCUAAACGAUUCACUUGUGUUGAUCCUCACACCAAAGCGCCGUGUUGAUAUCCUUCGUGAUGUGUUGGAGGCUCAACGUGCUGGCAAACCAUACGUGAUAACUUUCUGUGGUGUCAAUGGUGUUGGGAAGUCCACCAACCUUGCUAAAAUUUGUUUCUGGUUAAUGGAGAAUGGCUUUCGUGUGAUGAUAGCAGCUUGUGACACGUUUCGUGCUGGAGCAGUUGAACAACUGCGAACCCACAAGACGCGUCUCCAUACACUUCACCCACCAUCCAUGCAUGGGGGUAGGGAUGGUGUGAACUUGUUUGAGAAAGGAUAUGGUAAAGAUGCUGCAGGAAUCGCUAUGCAAGCCAUUAAUGCAGCCCGUGAACAGCGUUAUGACGUUGUAUUGGUUGACACAGCUGGUCGUAUGCAGGACAAUGAACCUCUUAUGAGGUCACUAGCAAAGCUCAUCACUGUUAAUUCACCCGAUCUGGUAUUGUUUGUUGGCGAGGCAUUAGUUGGUAACGAGGCUGUUGAUCAACUUGUUAAGUUCAACCAAGCCUUAGCUGAUUAUUCAAACGCUGAGAACCCACGAAGCAUUGAUGGUAUCGUGCUUACUAAGUUUGACACCAUUGAUGAUAAAGUUGGAGCAGCAAUUUCAAUGACAUAUACAACUGGUCAACCAAUCGUAUUCGUCGGUACAGGGCAGUCUUAUCCGGAUCUCCGUCGUUUGAACGCCAAAGCUGUCGUCCAUGCACUACUUAAGUAACUAUGCAAGGUUAUAGUUGUUUACAUGUAUAUAUACCACAUAAUCUCUGUAAUUCGGUUAAUGGUUUUAAAUCCAGGUGUGUUAAAAUGAUACAUUAUUUCAAUCAGUUGUAGAUACAUUACAAAAUGAAAAACUGCCUAGCUGGAUCUAUAUAUCUAAAUUAACUAAAAAAUAGAAAUAUGGACAAACUAUUAUUACAUUACAAUGUAAAAUUGUGACAAAAUCUAUGACAUCUUUGUUUAUCAGAGUUUCAAGUACUAGUCUGCUACCUACCUCAUUGUGUAGCAGAAGCUUUAUAAAUAGCAAUGUACAUUUUUACCUUGCUGACUGACCCCAUGUGAGCUUUUCAAAUGUACAAGUGUUCAAUCAGUUUGUUGCAAAAUUGGAAAUCUUUGUUGUUCAUGUUUUCAAGUUGCAGUUGUGCAAUAUUUUUAUCCGCUAGCGGCGUGUUUGUUCCAUUUGUUUUUGCCUACCGGUGUGUCCGGUGACGUAUCGUGUAAAGAUUCUCGGUGAAAUGUGUUUUUCAUUUGUGGGAGAAUAAAGUUAAUAUCUUGCA